GAUAACGACAGAUGUCUCACAAGCCGUGGGUUUAACAGGAGGGGUGAAAGGAGAAAAAACGCCCAGUCGCAGAUUGGACCUCGGGGAGAGAGUAGGACUGGGUACAACUGGAUCACAUUCACUACUACAGGAGAGAAGAAAGUGCAUGCAGCGCACUCCUUCAAACGGAUUUCCAGGGUUCAAAGCAACAGAAAAUCAGAAGACAUCAUGGGAGGCAAGCUAAGUAAAAAGAAGAAGGGAUAUGAUGUCAGUGACCCUAAAGAAAAGAAAGAGGAAAGUGCUGUGGAAGCAGUUGCCCCGUCUGAGAAGAAGGCAGAGUCUCCUGUUACUGAAGCAGAAGCAUUGCCUCAAGAGGCUGCAGUAGAAAGUGUAGCAGCAACAGUGGGGAAUGAGCAGGCUGCCUCUCCCCCGACAACCGAUACCGAGGUGAAGAAAGACAAUGCUACACCAGAAGAACCAGUAUCUGCUACAGAGUCAUCUAAUGCUGUGCCAGAAAAACCAGAAAGUGCAGCGAAGGAACAAGCAGCGACACCAGUAGCAGAGGCACCAGCACCUGUAUCAAAGGCCCUAACACCAGAGGUGCCAGCACCUGCGUCAGAGGCACCAGCAGCAGACGUAACAGAGAAGCCUGUAGCAGAUGUUCCACCAGCUGCACCCGAGAAACCAUUAGCAGAGAAACCUGCUGCUGCAAGCGAGGAACCAGCAGCUGUAACGGAAGUCCCCGUGGCAGAGGAACCUGCAGUUGCACCUGAAGAACCAGCAGUUUCAUCAGAGGUGCCAGUAGUAGAGGAACCUGCAGUUGUAUCUAAGGAACUGGCAGCAACACCCAAGACACCAUUAACAGAGAAGCCUGCAGUUACACCUGAGGAACCAGCACCUUUGCCAGAGCAACCUGUGGAAGAAAAACCUACACCGGAGGUACCAGCAGCUGUGCCAGAGGCAACGGUGACAGAGGAACCUGAAGUUACAUCUGAGGAACCGGCGGCUGUGCCAGAGGCAACAGUGACAGAGGAACCUGCAGCCACACCUGAGGAACCGGCAGCUGUGCCAGAGACACCAGUGACAGAGGAACCUGCAGCUACACCUGAGGAACCGGCAGCUGUGUCAGAGACACAAGUGAAAGAGGAACCUGCAGCUACACCUGAGGAACCGGCAGCUGUGUCAGAGACACAAGUGAAAGAGGAACCUGCAGCUACACCUGAGGAACCGGCAGCUGUGUCAGAGGCACCAGUGAAAGAGGAACCUGCAGCUACACCUGAGGAACCGGCAGCGGUGUCAGAGACACCAGUGACAGAGGAACCUGCAGCUACACCGAAGGAACCGGCAGCUGUGCCAGAGGCACCGGUGGUGGUGGAAUCUGUAACAGUACCUGAGAGUCCAGUAAAUGUCAGGGAGUCACCAGUGGCAGAGCCACCUGCAGCUGUGCCAGAGGAACCACUAUCUUCCCCUCCACUUGUAUCUUCUCCAGUAGAACCUGUUACAGAGCAGAUAACUGAGGAAGUAGUUGAGAAGAUUACAAAUGUGAAUGAAGUGUCCACUGAAAUCACGGAAGCCACAAAGGCAGUGCCAGAACCAGAGACUGUCACUGAGGCAGCAGCUCCAGAGGCAGUUACUGAGGCUGCCCCAGUGCCUGAGCCUGUGGCAGAGGUAGAGGAAGCUGUGUCUAGUCCAGAGAAACCUGAGCCUGUGUCUGAAACUACUGCAUCACCUGAGGCCACACUAAUACAAGAAAAGCCUGAGCCAUCAGAACCCGAGCUUGCACCAGAGCAAAAGAGCACAGUGGAGUCCAUCCCUGCGAUCGUCAUCUUAGAAUCAACCUCAUCCAAUGAGAUCUCUGAGGAAGUUGUGAAGCUAAGUAAUGGAGAGUGUGAGAAUGCUGCUUCAGCCGAAGAGGCUGUAUCUACUCCCAUUGAAGUAAAUGGGAAAUGCCAUGAGCACGCACCAGAGGAACCCCACGUGGAUGCCUCCGAGCCUUCAGCUGAAGAAUGUGUGAACGGUGUGAAGGAAGAGGAAUCCCCUCAGGAACAAAGUGAAUGUGGACUGAAAAAGGACUUGAGUGUGGCUGCUGACAUUCAUGAUCCACUUCCAGUUGGUGACAUGGUAGAAGUGCCACAGUGAGUCGACUUAAUCUAAGAAGCAAACCUUAAAUGUGAAUAUUGAUGCAAACAAAGAAAACAAUCGCCUGAUAACACAGGCUUUCCGAAAAAAUGUCAAAGAUGCCUGUUGUGGUUUCCCAGGCAAAAGGAGUUUCUGGUUAACCAAAAAUAAAUACCACCCAAUAGGUAGUAGAGCAGGAAUCACCCUUAAGAAAGACUUAAAUGAAAUUGGAGAAAGAAUGAGAGAGAGAGAGAGAGAGAGAGAGAGAUUGAGUAGGAGAGAGAACAGUGUUUGAAAUGUUUGUGCCCUGUGUCCUGCUGUCAUUGGAGAGGGCGAGCUUUCAGGUCUGGUGAAUAUUUAAGCCAGAGAGAAGAUGAUUACAAACGGACUGACAUUAAAAUUAAAAACAAGUUGGCAGAACAGAAAUUGGACGGUAACAGUGGCAAAAAAAUUAACUGAAUGAAUAAUUUUAUCUUUUUGUGUGAGUCUGAUGCGUAUUAAAUGGUUGAUUGGAUUAGCAUUUAAUAGUAUAUAAUCUAAUUUAGACCACAUCAUUUCUGUCACCAUGUAUUAUGGAGAUUUGAGGAUGACGCAUUUUGAAUUUUUCAUGAUGGGAAACAGUUAGGAAUGUUCAUUUAACUUAAUGGCUUGGCUUAGACAAUAAAACCCUCUGUUAUACCUUAAGAA